CUAUAAGUGACCUCUGACCUACCAACCAGUCCAAGAGAGACGAGUGACGCGUACUGUACGCCUCCUUUAAAGCAACCUUUGAUUUCUCUCAUAUUUCAGCCCCUCUUUUGUUUGCCUUUCAUCAUAACCUACAUAGAGAGGGAGAGAGAGUGGCCUGUAGGGCGGGGAAGAGCUGAAUUCCUGUCUAUCUUUACGUAGUAACGAUCUGUCUGUCACUCGAAGAAGAAGCCCGGUUGGGGACGUCACUAUCUUCAAGGACAGUCACUGUUUUCCUAGAUCAGACGGCGCUCUUCGUCAGUCGGCCUCAACGAAACACUUCCGUCACGACGCGGUACCGCCUCCCACUCUCUCCCCGCACGAUGUCUGCUCCUGGUGGCCGCCUGUGGCUCGUGUUUGUGUGCUGUGUGGUGGCCGCUGCAGUGGCUCAGGACCACCGUAUGCGGCACCAGCACGGCACGAUGAACCAUUCCUUAGACGCGACGAUGUCACCCAUGCACACAAUGGGUCCUGGGAUGGACCAUGGCAGUAUGGACCACAGUAACAUGGACCAUGGCACCAUGGACCACAGUAACAUGGACCAUGGUACCAUGGACCACAGUAACAUGGACCAUGGUACCAUGGACCACAGUAACAUGGACCAUAACAGCAUGGACCAUAGCAACAUGAAUCAUAGUGCUGUGGACCACAGUAACAUUGACCACAGUAACAUGGACCACAGUAACAUGGACCACAGUAACAUGGACCAUGGUAGCAUGAUGGGGGCAGAGUCAGGAAGCCAUGGUGAUCAUCUUGGCAUGAUGAUGCAGAUGUCCUUCUACUUUGGUUACACAGAUGUUGUAGUCCUGUUUGACGGCUGGGUCAUCAAUGAUAUUGGAAGCCUUGUAGGCUCGAUGGUUGGGAUCUGCAUUAUUGCAGCCCUGUAUGAAGGUCUGAAGGUGUUCAGGGAACAUCUUCUGAGGAAGUCCAUGGUGACAGUGAGCUAUCAUUCUGUCGCGGUGCCUGGUCCUGAAAACCUACCUGUCGUGGAGACUCAGAAAACUACAGGGUCGCGUAUCCUGAGCUCUGCCCCACUGAUCCAGACCCUCCUACACGUCCUGCAGAUUGUAGUGAGCUACUUCCUCAUGCUGGGUGUCAUGACGUACAACGUCUGGCUCUGCAUAGCCGUGGCCAUAGGGGCAGCAAUCGGGUACUUUCUCUUCGGCUGGAAACGGGCCAUAGUCAUAGACAUCAACGAGCAUUGUCAUUAAUGAUGGGACAGAGGUCUAUAUUGUGUCAUCAAUCAUUGAUAUGCCUUUUAAGAACAGUAAAAAAAAUCUGUCCCCACCUAUUCUGUUACAGGGCAUUUUCCUAAUUUGUUUAAUGAUUGAAUCUUGUUGCUAGUGAUGGACAAAUGUUGAGGACAAAAAAAUGGUGUGUCUGAUAAUGUGGACAACAUUGAAUCAGGUGAUACAAGUACUAUCACAUCAGGAGGUGAACAUGGGUUUACUGAGAUUAUGGUAUAAAAACUGUUCUGUCCUUAACUGUUGCAUCCACAAAAAGUUCAGCAUAUGAUUUUUAUCUUGUGGUACACCCAAUUACAUUUAGUACUGCUCAUACAAAAUGUUUAAUGUACUUACUUAUACAGCUAUUAGAAUAUUGCAUGAUAUUACACCUUGUCCCUUCUUCAUGACAUACCACCGGUAAGCCUUUUAUGGAUUCUAAAGGAGACACAAGAUGUGCAUAGAGACUCCAGGAAUAAGACUUUGUUGCUGCUUUGUCGCUGUUUUGAAAGAAUAUGUAAGUUGAAGACAAGUCGUUUGAUCCAACUGUACAAUCUACCACCAUGUGCCUGCAAAAGCUGAUAUAUUUUGAUUUAAAGUGGUGUUUAUACCAACACAGAUAUAGAUGUACGUAAAAUCCAUAAAAGUAUAGAUAUUGAGACAGCUUGUAAAAUUAAGUUUUUGCAGAAAUCUGAUGUGUUUCUUUCUUUUAUUUGAAAGCAAUUAGAUCAACUACAGUUGAGAGAUUGUCAUAAAGAAUAUGGUAUUGAUUUUAUGUUUAGAAUUUGCUGUUAAUUUUGAAAAGAGCAACUUAACGUCUUAAGAGCUUUGACAGGUAUAGUAUUUCUGUCUCAGUGUCACAGAUAAAUUGUGGCAACUAUUUUGGUGAUUUCAGCAGGUAACAGAUUCUUGUCAACUAUUGUUUAUGUCGUCUGCUCAUAAAAUGACCAUAUUUGCCAACCAAUGGCAAAUGGAACGCUUCGCAGUUAUGUUGAUUGUGCUGGAUCUUGAAAUCUGUAAAAGACAAAAAGCACAGAUUUGUAAAGAGAUUAUGAAAUAUAAUGUAGACAAGUCUACAGUUAUUAUAAGGAUGUAGCAAUAGUGCCAUAUUUCAAGUAGAAUAUAGUUUUGUGAAUUGUGAAUAGACUCCUAUGAGACCAGGGUUUGAUUAUAAGAAUAUGAACAAUUUAUGGAUGGCAGUGAUAUUUGUCUUGUCUUUUGAAAAUUACCUUUUGCAGUAAAUAUUACUUCUUGCACAGUUUAGUUUCCAGUGCAAAAUGGGACAAAUUUGUUUAAAGAGAUUUAGAAAUGACCAGAUUUUGUCAAUAUUUUCUGGAAGAAAUGGAUUAAAACUCCGCAAUUCUG